AUGAGAGAUGCUGUGAAAAAAAUGAAUAGAGAUCCUGCAUUAAUCAACCCAGUUUGUGCCACAGACCUCAUUGCAGACCAUUCUUUACAGCUGGAUUUUACUAAAUGUGUGGCACAGAAUGCCCCAAGUGUAGCUUCUGCGGAUUCACACAGACCCACAUCCAAGCUUUCUCCAGCCAAAUCGUCAGUUUCUAAAUCUCAUUGUAGAGGACAGAGUGGAUGCAGGGCAGCCUGUAAUGUUGGAGCAACGAACAGGAGCUCUCAGGAGCAGAUUGAAAACACACCAAUGCUAUGUCCUUUCCAUUUACAACCCAUUCCCGAGCCUGAAGCUGCACUGAAAAGUCUUGAGAUUGAAUUUAACAGGAAUAAAGAGAGACUUCAGUUUUUAAAGUGGUGUUCAAAGGCCUUUCAGAAUGUGACUGUGAUUCCUCCAGAAACUGGAACUGUGCACCAAGUGAAUCUGGAGUACCUAUCCCGAGUUGUGAUGGAUCAGAAAGAUCUCUUAUAUCCAGACACUAUACUUGGUACUGACUCUCACACUACUAUGGUGAAUGGUCUUGGAAUUUUGGCUUUGGGCAUGGGUGGAAUAGAGUCUGAAGCUGCUAUGUUGGGGAUACCCGUUACAUUAACCUUGCCUGAAGUUGUUGGAUGUGAGCUGACUGGCUCAAUCAGUCCAUUUGCUACUUCUAUAGAUGUUGUUCUAAGCAUCACCAAGCAUCUACGAAAAGCAGAGAUAUCUGGGAGAUUUGUAGAAUUCUUUGGAGAUGGUGUCUCUAUUCUUUCGGUAGCUGACCGCACCACAAUCGCCAACAUGAGUCCAGAGUAUGGGGCCACAGUGGCCUUUUUUUCCAGUGGACCAAGUGACCCUUAGUCAUCUACAGCAGACCGGUGUUGAUGCUCAAAAAUUAAAAACAUGUGAAGCCUACUUGAGAGCAGUCCAAUUGUUUAGAGAUGAGAAGUGUGUGGGAAGACCUGAGUAUUCCAAGAUCAUAGAAAUUAACUUGAAUUCCAUUGUGCCGUAUGUGAGUAGCCCCAAGAGACCUCAAGACCGGGUAUCCAUAGUUGAUAUGAAAAAAGAUUUUGAAGCAUGCCUAAGUGAAAAGGUGGGCUUUAAAGCAUUCCAAAUUCCACCUGAAAAGCAGAAAGUAGUGAUCCCAGUUACCUAUGGAAGCUCUGAAUACUUGUUGUCACAUGGCUGUGUCCUUAUUGCUGCUGUGAUUAGCUGCACCAACAACUGCAAUCCUUCUGUCAUGCUAACUGCAGGGCUUUUAGCGAAGAAAGCUGUAGAAGCGGGACUCAAGGUGAAGCCCUAUAUAAACACAAGCAUGUCUCCUGGAAGUGGUACCGUCACUCAUUACCUCACUGCUAGUGGUGUGCUGCAUUUCUUAAACCAAUUAGGGUUUGACAUUACUGGUUAUGGAUGUUCAAGAUGUGUGGGCAGCUCCAGUCCGCUACCGGAGGAAAUUGUCACUGCUAUUAAAGAGGGGGAAUUGGUAGCCUGUGGCAUUUUCUCUGGAAGCAAAAACUUUGAAGGCAGCCGAUGCAGUUGCAUUCGUGCCAAUUACCUGGCUUCUCCACCUUUGGUUAUUGCCUAUGCUCUAGCAGGCACUGUAAAUAUAGAUCUGCAAACAGAAGCUUUGGGGGAGAAUGCUCAGGGCAAGAAGAUCUUCCUGCAGGACAUUUGGCCUAGCCGUGAGGAGGUUCUACAAGUGGAGGAAAAUGUAGUCAUUCCAUCUAUGUUUAAAGAAUUAAAAAUUAAAAUAGAGAAGCAGAAUACAAGGUGGAACCUUCUUGAAGCACCUGAUAGCACUGUGUUCCCUUGGGAUCACAGAUCCACCUAUAUCAGAAGUCCACCUUUUUUCUACAAACUAGACAAUAUCCCAGCACCUGUUCAGCCAAUUGAGAAAGCCCAUGUGCUGCUUUAUUUAGGAGAUUCAGUGACUACUGAUCACAUUUCUCCUGCAGGAAGCAUCCCUCGUGCCAGCUCAGCGGCCAAGUACCUAGCACAAAGGAACCUGGCACCCAGGGAGUUUAAUUCAUACGGAGCCCGAAGAGGCAACGAUGCAGUGAUGACUAGAGGCACAUUUGCAAACAUGAAGCUUCAGAAUAAACUUGUUGUCAAAAUGGGGCCUAAGACCAUUCAUUUUCCAUCUGGACAGACGAUGGAUGUAUUUGAUGCCGCAGAACUUUACCAAAAAGCAGAUAUUCCAGUUAUUAUUAUAGCUGGCAAAAAGUAUGGAUCAGGAAACUCAAGAGAUUGGGCAGCCAAAGGACCAUUUUUGUUGGGUGUUCGGGCUGUGAUAGCUGAAAGUUAUGAGAAGAUCCAUAAAGACCAGUUGGUUGGAAUUGGCAUUGUUCCUCUUCAGUUCUUACCUGGAGACAGUGCCGAAUCACUUGGCCUUUCAGGAAAAGAGCAGUAUUCUUUUUCUAUUCCUGACAGUUUGGCUCCUGGGGACACAAUGGAAAUCAAGACAACCAGUGGAAAGUUAUUCAAUGUCAUUGCCGCCUUUGAUAAAGAGGCAGAAAUCACAUUCUAUAAGCAAGGAGGAAUAUUAAACUAUGUGGCUCGAAAAUACUUAUAG